AUGACAGCACCCACUCUGGCACCCGUUCUCUUCCUGUCCCAUGGGACCACGAUGAUGCUGGGCACCGACUCACGGACUCGGGACUACUGGGAGGCAUUGGGCCGUGAUGCACUGAGCCACGGCGUGAAAGGGGUUAUCAUCAUGGGCGCUCAUUGGAACAGCUUAGACGACAAGAUCCAGGUCGCCAUGAAUCCAAAACCCGGCGUCAUGCCGAUUUCAAACACCCUGCCGGAACUAUGGGCCAACUUCAAGCCCAGUCCAGAUCUCGAAACCGGCCAACGUGUCAUCGACACCCUGCGCACAGAGGGAUUUGACGUCGACCCGGACCCAGGCUUCAACUGGAUGAUUGAUACCGUCCCGCUGCUGAUCGGGAUGUUCGGGGACAAAUGUCCCCCGGUCACGAUCAUCUCGCAGAACUCCCACUGGGAUCCAUUUUUCCAUGCCCGCAUUGGAGCCACCCUGCGACAUCUCCGGGAGGAGCGGUUCCUGCUGAUUGGGUCCGGCGGCGGCGUCCAUAACCUUUAUCUGACGGAGUGGAAAUACAUGCUACAGUAUAAAGACAAUUUUGCGAUGGAGCGCCCGCCGGAGCCCAAGACAAUGGAAUUCCGUCAGUCCCUGGAGGACAUCAUUUGCAAGAACGGCGGAGGGCCGCAGCUGAAACGUGGUCUGACCCGGCUGAUGAAACACCCCUACUUCCGUGAUGCGCACGGCACCGACGAGCACUAUGUUUCAGCUUGUUUUGUGGCCGGAGCCGUUUCUUCCGUCGAGGAUCUAGGGACACCGGGCUGUCUUGGGGCUGAAGCGUGGGAGCUGAGAAGCCAAUGCGAGUCCCAGUUUUGUCUGGGCGCUUGGCCGAAGGACUGGCGAGGUGCCUAG